AUGGGAGACGAUAACAAAGCACAAGGGGGACCUAAUACCGCUAAUGGUGGUGGUGGCGGCUCUGGAGAUCGAAAGCGCAAGCCAAAUCCCAACAAUCGACGUGGACGUGGACGCGGCAAUGGCCCUGCCAAACGUCAAGAACGAGACAACACCAAUAAUAACAAUGGUAACAGUGGAAACAAUGGUUCCAUGGAGGUUGACAAACCUCUAUCCAACUCUAGAAACAACGGCAAUUCCAAUGGCAAUAAUGGAAACGGGGGCAGAGGCGGCCAGAACAACAGAAAUCGCAACAACCGAGGACGAAACAACAAUAGAAAUCGCAACAACAACAAUCGCAACAACAAUAACAACAACAUCAAGAAGGAAGUCGAACCAAAAGCUGAAGCCAUGGAUGAAUCGAAUGAACCAAAUGUAGCAUCUGCAGCUGCUCCUACUGGUAACAGCGGUCUUCAUAUCACUGACAAGCGGUUUGCUGAUCUCGAACAGGUCUGCGACGAAAGUCGAAGAGCCAUGGCCGAAGUAUUCAAGUACGAGCUCAUGACCGAAGUUCAAGCCAAGACACUCCCAGUCAUUCUGGACUCGACCCGCAAAAUUGAUGUUUUGGCCAAGGCCAAGACUGGUACGGGAAAGACGCUUGGCUUUUUGAUUCCAGCCAUCGAGAAGAUUGUCCAAUCCAUCAAGACAAGCCGGUCUGACAAGAAUGAUAUUGGCUGCCUCGUCAUCUCCCCCACACGUGAACUUGCCUACCAAAUUGGAACCGAAGCUGAAAAGCUGGUGACCUUUCACACCCGACCCAAACUCAGCGUGGCUACGUGUGUGGGUGGCACCAACGUCAACAAGGAUCGCAGUACCAUCAAGAGGGGCUUUUUGAGUAUCUUGGUGGCAACUCCUGGUCGACUCUUGGAUCACUUACAAAACUCCGAGCUCAACUUGCAAAAUCGUUUGGCCAAGAUGGAUUGUCUAGUCUUGGACGAAGCCGAUCAGCUACUUGACAUGGGCUUUCGUCCCGACAUUGAGAGAAUUCUCAGACUUUUAAAACCCAGUGAAGGCAGCCGUCAAACUUUGUUGUUUUCUGCCACUGUUCCAAAGUCUGUUGCAGAGAUUGCGCACAUUGCGUUGCAACCCAAGUAUGAAUUCAUUGACACUGUCGGUGAAGAAGAGGAACAAACGCAUUCCCAUGUCAAGCAAGAAGUCAUGGUAGCGCAUUCCAGCAACCAGUCCGGUGGAAUGGGAGAAGCCCAGAUUCGAGCCAUUGCCGCCAUCUUGGAUCGUGAACUCAAGACUGGCACCAAAGGUGCUCCCUGCAAGGUGAUUGCCUUUUUUACCACUGCCCGAAUGACAGGUUUCAUGGCAGAGAUUUUCAACAGUGUCAUGGGAAAGACUGGCUUUCCCAAAAUCUUGGAGAUCCACUCGCGAAUGUCCCAGUCCGUUCGACAACGUACAUCUGAGAAGUUCCGUGCUUCCAAGGAAAACACCAUUCUAUUCAGCAGUGAUGUUUCGGCAAGAGGCAUGGAUUAUCCGGGUGUCACCUUUGUCCUACAAAUUGGCCUAACGGAACGAGCACAGUACAUUCACCGUUUGGGUCGUACUGCUCGUGCCGGAAAGGGAGGCUGUGGAGCGCUUCUUUUGGCUCCCUAUGAAGAAAAGUUCAUGGUGAACAAGAAUCUAGCGGACAUGCCCUUGGAAUCAGUGGACGUUCCUGAAUUGAACAACAGAUUGGACGACGCAAUGACCCAGGCCUUGAAUGGCGUGAAUGAUAACAAGAGCUUGAAGGAAUCGGCCGAGCAAGCAUACAGAGCGUGGUUGGGAUACUACAAUGGACAAUUGAAGAAGGUUGGAUGGAACAAGAUUGCGUUGGUGAAGGAGGCCAAUCAAUGGGCUUCUGAUGUUGGCCUAAAGUCACAGCCAGCAUUGCUCAAAAAGACUGUGGGCAAGAUGGGGUUAAAGGGUGUUCCCGGUUUGAAACUGGAGUGA